AACUAUUUAAUUACUAAUUAUGAUACAAAAGAUCUAAUGUUGCAAUAUUUAUAUAUUUUAAAUAGCAAUCAAAAAUUUUCUACAUGUUUUUUGGAUAUUGCCAAUCAAAAAUGUUUAAUGGAUAAAAAGAGUUGA